AUGGCGCCUUGGGCUGAUCUUCCUGAGGAUCUUUUCAGGACAAUCUGGGAGAAAUUGAGCUUUGGUGACCUGGUUCGUUCGAGUGCAGUUUGCAAAGAUUGGUGGGACAAAAGUAAAGGAAUUAGGCGUAAAAGCAGUCUACCAUGGAUAUUCUACUUAGAGAGGGAUCUAUACCUUGUCCAACCAAAGCUGUUUGACCCUUGUUCCAGGGAAUCAUACAACCUUAAAACUGCCAAUCGGACAAAGAUAUUCGACUUUAUCAUCGCUGCAAAAUUAUGCGCUUCGAAAAAAGGCUGGUUGCUUUUUGCUAGGAAGGUUAAGGUACCAUGUGAGACCUUAUUUUUAGUCUACAGUCCUAUUUCCAAUGAUUACUUCUGGCUCCCCACUUUGAUGGAUCAUCAUUCUGAUGUUGCUACUUUUUCCACAAACCCUACUGCUCCAGAUUGUGUAUUUUUCAUAUCGUAUCGACAUCUUGGCGACACUUACAUUGCUACAUAUUCUUUCGGUAAGGAUAACUGGUGUACACAAAAAGUUGAGGUUGAUUAUAUUCUACACGAUGAACCAAUUUCAAGUGUGGUUUAUAGUGAACAAAAAGGAGAAUUUUAUUGUGUUUGUGACGGAGGAGAACUAGCAAAAUUUGCCAUUGUUGGCCGCCGUUGGAACGUGAUCACACAAAACCGUCGAACUCUAAAAGAAUUGGCAGCAAAAACAUGGAAGCAUCAAGGGUUAGUCCCAGGAUCAAUUACAAUUAGGCAUUGGUUAUUUCAAUACGAGGGUCAGCUUCUACUAGUUUUCCUUGUUAGAAAUUUGAAGGAUGGGAAAUAUAUGUUUAGUAUUUCCUAUUUCGACUGGUCCCAGAACAGGUGGGCUGUCAAGGAUAAUGUGGGUAACUUUGCAGUAAUGCUUUCAUGCCUUUCGAGUUGUUCUCCUUCUGUGCUACUAUCCAGAGUUGAGGAUGCAGAAGAUUGUUUAUGCAAGUAUCAAGUCUCCUCGGUUAGCAACUUGAAGGUUUAUGGGUAUAGGCCUCUAUUUACCUGUGAACAAUGUCUAGUUGAACCUCCUUGUGCUAUAGGAGAUUGA